AUGUCUCAAGUCUGGCUCGUUACGGGAUCCUCUCGCGGUCUCGGCCUGCUAUCGUCGAUGCAGCACGCCAAGAUGGUGCUGAGGUCAUUGCGGCGGCUCGGAAGCCCCAUGACUCUCGACGUUACGAACAAUUGCGAUGUCGCUAAGGCUGGUCACGAAAAAUUUGGCAGAAACGAUGUUGUCGUCAAUACUGCUCGAUACGCCAACCUAGCUGCUACGGAGGACAUUGCAAUUGAUGACUUUCGGGCUCAAGUCGAUGCCAGCUUUUUGGGCGUCGUCUAUAUCACAAAAGCCGUGCUCCCUAUCCUACGCCAGCAAGGUUUAGGUCAUGUUCUCUAG